UAUUGUUUUGAAUUUUAGUUACGAAUGAAACUGAAACUAAAAAUAAAAACUGUUCUCUUAUACAUUUAAAAACCUAUAUUUUUAUUGUUAAAGAGAAAAGCAUGAGUCUCUUAAUCAAAAACAAAUAUGGUUGUUUAAUAGAUCAUAAUAACUUUAUAACAAAAGUGUACUCAAAAGUUACGUGUGAAGAUGGUCAUGUUUCCUUUCAACUACGACCGAAUUUGUUUCGCAUUAUCAGAUCUAAAGACAAGGACGUAAAUAGAAAGCGAAAAAGGGCUAGCGGGAGCUGUCCUCUACUUAUAGAAACAAUGGAAGUUAAAGAAACAUUUACUAGAUUUAUGCAAGAUUUGCCUGAGGAUAUUAUUAAAAGGAAAAGUCCAUUGGAUACCCUAAAUAUAAGCUCUGCAUGUGAAGUGCGAGAUCUGGCUACCAACCUAUUUGAGUCGAGUAUAUUUGACCAUACUGGUAUCAGUGGUGGAAAUAAUUCAGACCAUCCUCUGAAAUGUGAAAUUAAAGGAAAUAAAUUUUUGCUACCACAGCAUUCCAGGUUCCAUGUUGGAUGUGUUAAGGAACAAUGCAAGAAACUGCUGGGCAAUAAGUUUGAUUUUGUGGUGGCAGACCCACCAUGGUGGAAUAAGUACAUUCGGAGAUUGAAAGCUUCUAAUGACAAGCUAAGUUAUUCUAUGAUGUACAAUGAGGAUAUAGCAUCUAUUUCAGUGAAGGAUCUGGUAAAAACCAACUGCCUCAUAGCAGUGUGGUGUACCAACUCUCCAAGCAACAUAUCUGCACUAAAAGACAUUAUAUUCCCUGCAUGGGGUGUCGAGUAUGUAACUACAUGGUACUGGCUGAAAGUAACCAAUGAUAUGCAGCCUCUUUGCGACUUCGGUGCUGGCAGUCAAAAACAACCUUAUGAGAGAAUUUUGAUAGGAAAAGUUGGAGAUGUUGAAGUGCCUAUGAAACAGCUGAUUGUUAGUGUGCCCAGUGCCUUACAUUCUCAUAAGCCACCUAUUGUAGAUUUACUUUCACAAUGCUUGAAGAAGGAGAACCCUCAAACAUUGGAGUUAUUUGCAAGAUACCUCCUUCCAAACACCACAAGUGUUGGGUUUGAACCAUUAAAAUGGCAACAUUUAUCAAUAUAUGAGGCAGUAAGCUGAUGAAAACUUUUUUUAUUAAAUUAAAAACACACCUAAGAAAAGCUAAUGGCGAAACUAAUAGCCAGCCAUGAUAAAUAGUAACCAGUUAAAAACAGGUUACAUUGAAGAUAAUUAUAAAGAAUCACAUAGAACUUAUAAAGGCUUUAAGGCGAUAAAUCCUGAUGUAUCACUUCAGAAAUGGCACAGAAACAU